AUGAAAUUGGAACGUUUCUUAUUGCUUGGUGUUACCAUGUGGAUGGUUGUGGCCAUGCUAUGGAACGGAAAGAUCAACCCAACAUGUUCAACAAGUGUAUCCUCUCCUGUUCUCUUGAUGGUUAACGCUCAGCAAGACCUUUCCCUUGAAGAUUUUGAACAGUUAAUCAAGAAGACCUUGAGAAAGGACUGCCCACAUUUAAAGAAAGCUGUUAAGGAUGGAUGGAGUGUAUGUGAUAAGGAGUAUGGUGAGUUGGAUUUAGCUGGUAAGGCAUCUUCCUCUGAAGUGGACAUGUCCCUCAUUAGGAGUGGAUAUGGCUACUCUCCUGUUGAACAUGAGAUCAAGUUACAAGUAUUAGAGUCAGCCAAUGCAUCAAUCAUUGAUCCACCAAUGGUUGAGACUAAGGAAAUGCAUUUUAGCAAGGUGAGAGAUUUCUACAACCAUGUCUAUAACAUGAAUUCCACAAGUCAUGUUGCAGUUUUGUACUCUGACACUUUGGAAAAUGCCAAACAAACAUUCACCACUCUUUUCAAAUCAAAAACUGAUAUUCAUGCUGUAGAUACCAAAUAUGCUCACUACUCUGUCAAGACCACUAAACAAUUACAAUUCACCACUAGUUUUCAAACAAUUUUACAAAAACUACCAAUGAGUUACCAUUCAAAAAUUUAUGAAAGAUUUAUCAAUAUAUUUGGAAGUCAAGUAAUGACUAGUGUCUUAUACGGAGGAUUGGUAGGUCAAACCAGUAUCAUCAAGUCAUGCUAUUCAAGUGAAAGUGCAGUUAAAUAUUCGCAAGCAAGAUUACAAAAAUUAAUGACUGGAACCUCAGAUGUUGACAUUCCAAAUACCUUCUUGAAAUAUUCCAAGAUUAUUUCGAGUGAUAUCAUUGGAGGAAAUCCAGAAAUUUCCUCAAUCAAAAAGAGAGUUUCAACAUUCCCAAAAAAUAGUUCACCAAUCAAAUUCCAAACUGUUCCAAUUUGGAAAUUAAUUCCUGAGGAAAAUUAUCAAAGAGAACAUUUAAAGACUGCCUAUGACAAUUUAAUGACCAAAUCCGCCAACAAAUUUGAGAAAUUGAUUUCAGAUAUUGAAAAUCUCAAGUUGAAACAAAGUGGAGCAGCAAUUCCUGCAAAAUUAUUCUAUUCUCAAAGUGAAUGUGGAUUCAAUUUUGCUAAAGAUCGUUGUUAUGGAAAACGUAAGACUUCAUGUAAAGGUAAUAAGCGUUCUGCAUGUACUGGGCUUGUCAAUAAGAAAUCUGACAUUCAUAUCGUAAGAGGAGCUCCAUCUAAGGUAAUUGACAAACUCUGUCCAUUUGAAUAUAGAAUGACAAUCUUCCCUACAGAUGUUUAUGGUUGCAGAUCUGCAGCUGUCAGAUUAUUUGUCUCAAGAAAUUGGCAGGAUGAAAUUCAAGUGUCAGUUGUCUAUUCUUUCAUUGAUGACAAUUACAAACUUGUUGAACAAGUUGUCUAUGUCUCACCACCACAAAAACAAGGUGGAUGUAUUCAAGUUUCUACUAGCAAUUUCAAUAAUGAAGAAUUGAGCACUUCUUUGAAGGGUUUGAAAUGGAGAUUGUGUACUAAUUGCAUGCCAAUGAUUGGUAAGGAUCAUUCAUUAAAAUGCGGAUGUCCAUAUCUUGUUUAG